AACCAAUCCAGAACGCCACUUUGUACCCCUUGGGAGGCACCGAGCUCCGUCGUCUCGUUUCCGGCGGUCGCGCGCUCUUUUCUCGGGACGGGAGAGGCCGUGUAGCGUCGCCGUUACUCCGAGGAGAGACCAGUCGGUAGAGGAGAAGUCGAGGUUAGAAGGAACUGGGAGGCACUUUGCUGUCUUCAAUCGAAGUCGAGGGUGCAAAAAUGCAGAGUAAUAAAACUUUUAACUUGGAGAAGCAAAACCAUACUCCAAGAAAGCAUCAUCAACAUCACCACCAGCAGCAGCACCACCAGCAGCAACAGCAGCAGCCGCCACCACCACCAAUACCUGCAAAUGGGCAACAGGCCAGCAGCCAAAAUGAAGGCUUGACUAUUGACCUGAAGAAUUUUAGAAAACCAGGAGAGAAGACCUUCACCCAACGAAGCCGUCUUUUUGUGGGAAAUCUUCCUCCCGACAUCACUGAGGAAGAAAUGAGGAAACUAUUUGAGAAAUAUGGAAAGGCAGGCGAAGUCUUCAUUCAUAAGGAUAAAGGAUUUGGCUUUAUCCGCUUGGAAACACGAACUCUAGCGGAGAUUGCCAAAGUGGAGCUGGACAAUAUGCCACUCCGUGGAAAGCAGCUGCGUGUGCGCUUUGCCUGCCAUAGUGCAUCCCUUACAGUUCGAAACCUUCCUCAGUAUGUGUCCAACGAACUGCUGGAAGAAGCCUUUUCUGUGUUUGGCCAGGUAGAGAGGGCUGUAGUCAUUGUGGAUGAUCGAGGAAGGCCCUCAGGAAAAGGCAUUGUUGAGUUCUCAGGGAAGCCAGCUGCUCGGAAAGCUCUGGACAGAUGCAGUGAAGGCUCCUUCCUGCUAACCACAUUUCCUCGUCCUGUGACUGUGGAGCCCAUGGACCAGUUAGAUGAUGAAGAGGGACUUCCAGAGAAGCUGGUUAUAAAAAACCAGCAAUUUCACAAGGAACGAGAGCAGCCACCCAGAUUUGCACAGCCUGGCUCCUUUGAGUAUGAAUAUGCCAUGCGCUGGAAGGCACUCAUUGAGAUGGAGAAGCAGCAGCAGGACCAAGUGGACCGCAACAUCAAGGAGGCUCGUGAGAAGCUGGAGAUGGAGAUGGAGGCUGCACGCCAUGAGCACCAGGUCAUGCUAAUGAGACAGGAUUUGAUGAGGCGCCAAGAAGAACUUCGGAGGAUGGAAGAACUGCACAACCAAGAGGUGCAAAAACGAAAGCAGCUGGAGCUCAGGCAGGAGGAAGAGCGCAGGCGCCGUGAAGAAGAGAUGCGGCGGCAGCAAGAAGAAAUGAUGCGGCGACAGCAGGAAGGAUUCAAGGGAACCUUCCCUGAUGCGAGAGAGCAGGAGAUUCGGAUGGGUCAGAUGGCUAUGGGAGGUGCUAUGGGCAUAAACAACAGAGGUGCCAUGCCCCCUGCUCCUGUGCCAGCUGGUACCCCAGCUCCUCCAGGACCUGCCACUAUGAUGCCGGAUGGAACUUUGGGAUUGACCCCACCAACAACUGAACGCUUUGGUCAGGCUGCUACAAUGGAAGGAAUUGGGGCAAUUGGUGGAACUCCUCCUGCAUUCAACCGUGCAGCUCCUGGAGCUGAAUUUGCCCCAAACAAACGUCGCCGAUACUAAUAAGUUGCAGUGUCUAGUUUCUCAAAACCCUUAAAAGAAGGACCCUUUUUGGACUAGCCAGAAUUCUACCCUGGAAAAGUGUUAGGGAUUCCUUCCAAUAGUUAGAUCUACCCUGCCUGUACUGCUCUAGGGAGUAUGCUGGAGGCAGAGGGCAAGGGAGGGGUGGUAUUAAAAAGUCAAUUCUGUGUGGUAUAUUGUUUAAUCAGUUCUGUGUGGUGCAUUCCUGAAGUCUCUAAUGUGAUUGUUGAGGGCCUGGGGAAACCAUGGCAAAGUGGAUCCAGUUAGAGCCCAUUAAUCUUGAUCAUUCCGUUUUUUUUUGUCCAUCUUGUUUCAUUUGCUUGCCCUGCCCCCGAGACGGAGUCUUACUCUGUCGCCCAGGCUGGAGUGUAGUGGCACGAUCUCGGCUCACUGCAAUCUCUGCCUCCCGGGUUCAAGCUUGUCCAGGCUGAUUUUGAACUGACCUCCACCCGCCUCGGCCUCCCAAAAUGCUGGGAUUACAGAGGUGAGCCACCGUGCCCAACCUCACUUGGUUUCUUGUCCUUACACUUCCCCAGUCCCAGAGAAACUGCCACAUACACCACAAAAACCAAACAUCCCCCAAUGACCUUAGCCCCAUUGCUCCAUUCACUCCCAGGUGAGAAUUCAGGCAAACGUCCACAAAGGUCACAGGCAACGUACAUACGGUUCUGUUAUACCCCAUAUAUUACCCCUUCAUGUCCUAAAGAAGACAUUUUCUCUUAGAGAUUUUCAUUUUAGUAUAUCUUUAAAAAAAAAAAUCUUGUGUUAACUUGCCUCCAUCCUUUUCUUGGGUGAGAACACCCAAGAAUGACCCUUUUGUGUCUAUGAUGUUGCUGUUCACAGCUUUUCUUGAUAGGCCUAGUACAAUCUUGGGAACAGGGUUACUGUAUACUGAAGGUCUGACAGUAGCUCUUAGACUCGCCUAUCUUAGGUAGUCAUGCUGUGCAUUUUUUUUUCAUUGGUGUACUGUGUUUGAUUUGUCUCAUAUAUUUGGAGUUUUUCUGAGAAAUGGAGCAGUAAUGCAGCAUCAACCUAUUAAAAUACAUUUUAAGCCUUUUAA